CUAGUCAUCCUCAUCCUCGUCCUCAUCCUAAAUUCGGAUCUUACGUACCUUAACCUUGAAACAACAGUCUCCCACUUCCAUAUUAUUAUAUCUUACCCUUACCCCACUUCCCCUUUCACCACUUCCUUCCAAACUUUUGAAGUAAAAGCAAAGAAAACCCAAACCUAACCAAUCAUAUCAAAUAUAGCUUCUCUAUCUUGUUCUCCUUCUCCUUCUUCUUCAUGCACACCAUUCUCACCCCAAACUCACCACCAUGGAACCCUUUUCUCUUCCUCAAAGCCCAACCCUAGAUUAUAGCUCCAGCGUUGACACCUCCCGUCCCUUCCGCUCUGUCAAAGAAGCCGUCGCCAUUUUUGGCGAGCGCCUUCUUCUCGGAGAAAUGUACUCACCAUCUCCAAAGCCUUAUAACGUGAACGUAGGAGAAAUGUUCUCACCAUCUCCAAAGCCUUAUAAUAUGAGUAUAGUUCCAAACACUACAAGAAAUUUGGUAUUUAGCGAUGACGAUGACGAUGACAGCCCUACAAGAAACUUGGUCUUUAGCGACAACAAAAGAGAAGAUGAAAGCUUGGUUUUAUACACUCUAAAGAAGCUUGAAGCUGAGCUAGAGGAAACAAAGGUGGAGUUGAAGUUGUUAAAAGAGAGAGAGUCUGAAACCGAGGUUGCAUUGGCUUCAUUAAAUGCUGAGCUUCACAAGAACAUGUCAAAGUUGGCCAACGCCGAAGCAGCUGCUGCAACAAAUGCAUUGAUAGCAAAUAGAAACAGAGAAGUUAGAGAGGAUCAAGAGAGGAAGAGAGAGUUGAUGAUUAGAAUGGAGGACUCGAACACUUUGGCUCAUAUAUUAAGUUUACGUGAGGAAGGUUAUUUUGGAGGGAAAGUGCAGGAGAAGAAGGCGAUGAAGAAGAAGCCUAUUAUUCCUUUGGUGGGAGAUUUGUUUUCAAGGAAGAAACGGUCUUCUAAAACCAUGCAAAACCCUCUAUAUUCAUCUCCCAACGUGUAUAAUUGAGAAUUUAAUGUGUCUUUAAUUUGGUAUUAUGUCUUUUUUUUAUCCUUAUGUGAUUAUAAGAGCGUUAAUUGCUUUGUGGAGGGAAUAUGUAUGCAAAGGUUAUAUAACCUUUGCAUACAUAUAUAUAGAUAUAUCUAUAUCUAUAUAUAUUCAUGAACUAUCUAAACCUUUCCAUGGUUAAUAUUUUGUACUCAUAUUUGGCAAUCUGUUGGAGGAAAAUGAAGAA